AUGGAUCUAUUGUCGGAUCCCGGCAUAGGAGUCGGUGCCGCCGUGGUCUCCGUCUUCCUCGUCGUCUGCUUCAUGUGCUGCGCAAAAAUCUGCUACCGCACCUUCUUCGAUUUCGCCUACCACCGGUCGGAGCUGCGGCGAUGCGUUGCCAAGGCUCUCGGCGCGCGCCUGCGGUGCCAGUGCCAGUGGGAGCGCGCCGCAGCAGCCAGGCUGCGGUGCCUGUGCAUCGUCGACGGCGCCGGCGGCUCCGCUUCCGUUGCUCUGCCGCAGUCUGUUCAAGCAGGCUCGCUGCCCCAGGCGGCCAAGGAAGCGCUGGUGUGCGGCGGCGCGCGUGAGGCCUCCACCGUGAGAGACCACGAGCAGCAGGAGAAGGAGGAGGGCGGACGGCUAGCUGGCGGCGCGUCGGGGUGCGCGGUGUGCUUACGCCAGGCAGAGAUCGGACUGUUAGCAUAA